UUUGGUGGUCAGUUAAUGUCUUGGUGUUCAUUAGAACACAGUUAAUGUUAGUGUUCACAGAGCCUGUGUGGGGACAACAAGUCGCCUGCCACAUCUAACUCCUCGCCCCCUGUUCUGCAUUAAACGUGAUCUUCAUGGAUGAUAUUAUCGCCACGCCGCCCACCAACACACUUCAGACACCAGUGAUGACCUGCUGGCAGGUCGGUGGCGUGGGCGGGCGCGGGAGAAGGCUGGUGUCAUAAGGGAGGGCGUGGCACGAUGGACCUUCCCAGCUCGCACGCCUGUGGCACGCCCGCUUCCUGCCUCCAGCCGCAGUUGGCAAGGGCCACACCCCUGGUCUAUACAGUUUCAACAUGUGCCAGAAUAUAAUAUGCCGGAUAUGGAGGGCGUGGUCUCUGAGGAGCUACGUCACAGAAUUGAACGUGUCCUCGCGUUUCCUACUGGUCGAACUGCGGGGGAAGAAUCGACCACGGAGACCACACCCACAAAUGGUCAGGAUGACAGGUGCCCAGCAGGAGGCCUCCUUCAGGACUACCUUGACCAACUAGAGCCCGAGGGUGAGGACGACGAGGAGCUCAUCUUCCAGGGGUCAGAGAGCGGGGAGAGCGACGCUGACCUGCUCUACGACUCGGAGAAGGAGACCUACACCACGCCCUACCUCCUCUUCUUGCAGCAAGCCCGCUCCAGAAAACGGGAUCUGCCAGUCCUCCAGAGAAAAUUGUUGGACGACGACCCAACUGAGGACGACGAGAAGGGAACUAAGGCAACGGAAGAUGGGCGUGAGGGGGCGAUGGGCCGGUCUGGGUAUAGGUCCAGCGUUCCCACCACCUCCAGAACUUUCAGCAAAGAACCUCCAACAUCCGCAUCCAACAGCAAGGAACCUCAAACUCCAGCCUCCACGAGUAAGGAACCUCCGACACCAGUCUCUGAUGAUGCUGAUCAAGAACACCCAAAGGUCUAUUUUAGGAGGGCAUCCAGAGACCAGACUGACGAACGUAGCAAGAGUGACACUGGAAACCACAUAGAAUUUGAGAAACACGUUGGUAUUUCUGGAGAGACAGACGAGGAGUUUCUGCUAGAGAACGACCAGGACGAAGUUGCACACGACCAGAGCCAGAAGAAGAAAAAGAAAAAGAAGAAGAAGAAACGAAAGAAAGGUUCUCAGGGUGAGGUGACUGACGAAGAAACUGAAGAGGAGGUCCAAAAAGCCAACCUUGAGGAACUCAAGAAAUCCAUCGCCCUCGAGUUGUUCCGGGACUUUGCCAAGAAUGUUUUUGCCAAGGACCACCCAGAAUUCCGGCUCUUUGAGAGCUUUGAAGAGUUCGACAAGUCCAAAGAGUCUGACGUGAUCAAGGCAGCUCACGAAUCUUAAAAUUCAUUAUCAGAGGACCAAUAACACCAAGGGUAAGACCAUACUAAAUACAGUAUCUGGCGUAGUGGUGUAUUGUAAGCAAUACUCUAUAGUCAUGUUGUAUCUAGUGUAGAACAAUUAAGUACUGUAAAGCUGUAGAUCAGUAAAUAUAUAUAAUUUUAUUUAUUUGGGGAAAGUUUUUAGCAAUGUAGUCAUACCUGACUAGAGGCCAGGCUGCGGGGACGUUGGGCCUAGGAAUCAACUUAAGGUAAGGUAAACUCUUCCGCUGUGAAAAUAUUAUAGUGGUUUAUAUUCUUUAAACUAAAAGUUGCAAAGUUAAUUUUUGUUUUAUACAAUUUUGUGUUGUCACAUUGUAAAUGAGCUGCGAGGACCUUCAAGCUCGGUGUACUUUUGUGUUGCAUUGCAGGAUGCUUUAUCAUUACUUUGCAACCUUGAUUUGUUUUGCAAACAAAAAACUAAUUAGAAUGUGAAUACACCUUGUGGUACCUCCCGUAGGCUCGCAUCCCUCUACCACUC